ACUUCCUGUUGAGGAGACACGUGGUUCUCCGCUCCGCUGUGCAGCACCGGGGGAAGGUCGUCGCUCACCCUUGCGGUCUUGUCCUCCAAGGUUACGGGAAUAGGAAUGGACGAUCUGAACUCGGGUGUGGAUUUCGCUUCGGCCAGCGGCUUGGAGAAGGCGGAGGCCGCCGAGCUGCAGCGGAUGCUGGCCGUGGAGCAGCAGAAGGCGCAGUUCCAGGCCCAGGUGCACAACUUCACGGACGUGUGCUGGGACAAGUGCGUGGACAGGCCGGGCUCCAAGCUGGACUCCAGGACGGAGACGUGCCUGGUGAACUGUGUGGAGCGCUUCAUCGACACCACCCUCGCCAUCACCAGCCGCUUCUCGCAGAUGGUGCAGAAAGGGGCGCACUGAGGCGCCCCCCCCGACCCCAUGCCCAGCGGGGUCCGGCGGGACGGGGGCAGCCGGCACACCCCUGACUCUAUCCUGCACCACCUGUGACGCCCAUACUGCCGCCACACCUAGAGAUCUCGGAUCUCCACUCUGGACCCAGUCUGAAUCGGGCCGGUCUCGGAUCUCCAUUCUGGACACCCAGUUUGAACCGGGCCGGUCUCGGAUCUCCACUCUGGACCCAGUUUGAACCGGGCCGGUCUCGGAUCUCCACUCUGGACACCCAGUUUGAACCGGGCCGGUCUCGGAUCUCCACUCUGGACACCCUGUUUGAACUGGGCUGGUCUCGGAUCUCCACUCUGGCCCCCAGCGUGUGACAGGAGUGUGGCCCCAGGGCCCGAUGCGUGCUGCAGGCUGGUGGAGGUGUCUCGGCGGUGCUGCUGUGACCUCGAGCAGAGCCGUCUCGGACCUCUCUCUCUCGCCAUGCGAGUGGCCACAGGAUCCUCUCUCUUCCUGGGGGGGAAAAAAAAUCAUCUCCCGGAUAAAGGGCCACAUUCCUGAGGUGCUUCCGCCUGGCGAGAUCCCGCUUCCUUUUGAUGGCAUCUUUGAUCACACGAGGGCAGAUUCUGAUCAGUCAGUCGGAGCCCGCCCAGCGUGCGUCGAAUCACUGUGGGAAUUGAAACACGGCUGGUGUACCUUGUCAGUAAGCUGGAGGAGUUGAUGUCAAGUCAGUUUUCGGACGAUUAAAAUGUCUUCAUGCUUCAAAAGCCUUUAAGUGCUUUUUCCUCUUUAUUUCACAAAUACAGUCAUUUCCCUUGGACAGGCUCUCCACCCCAGAUUAGUUCUCAGAUGAACAUUAACUGCAGCAGGAACCUCUCCAGCAGACAGAAGGUGAGGGAAAUGGUUUCCCUGUCUUUCACUGUCCUGCAUAAAUUAAAAAGGGUAAAAGGAUUGUUUCCAUUUUGACUCAAAAUUCAAUAAAGACCAUCAAAUGCAA